UAAAAGCGCUGUUAGCGCCGGUGCGCGACAAACUCAGCUAACUUCGGCGCAGCCGGUCUCAAAAACAGUUGACGGUGGUACGUGUUUGCAAACAGAGCGGUUAGCGGAGCACAGUUAUAGAGCUGGCGACAACAACGAGCGUCAAAGAAUCCAAGCACAUAAUAGCAAUAAUAAUAAAAGUCAACAACAAAGCGGUGCGAGUGUCGGUCACAACGUUGUUGGUGAAUUAGUGCAAAACGCAAAUUACACAAACGGUCAAACGACGCAAGCGACGAUUUUCCUUAAUCACAUCAAUAACAGCAACGUUCACAAGAACGCGCCAAAUUCGCUACAGAACGCCGCGUGUGCUUUUACAAAUUGUAACAACAGUAAUUUGAAUUUCUACGCAAAUUCGGCGACUGUGCCGCAGCAAGAGCAACAUCAGCAACAGCAGCCACAACUACAACUCAAAACAAAUAACAACAAUAACUACGACAAUUUCUAUCAACAGCCAAGCGAUAGUUACAACCAGCCGGAUCAGUACGAGGAGAACUUCGACGAAGACAUGGAGACCGAACGUGAUCUUGCCGAGGAUGCGCAGUGGAAAAAAAUCCAACAGAAUACCUUUACCCGUUGGGCCAACGAGCAUCUCAAGACCAUCGAUCGUUCCAUAAAUAAUCUGGAAACGGAUUUGUCCGACGGUCUGCGUUUGAUUGCGCUCAUUGAGGUGUUGUCGCAGAAACGCAUGCCCAAAUACAACAAACGUCCAACAUUCCGUAGCCAGAAAUUGGAAAAUGUUUCGGUCGCACUAAAGUUCCUCCAGGACGAGGGCAUUAAAAUUGUUAACAUUGACUCCUCCGCUAUUGUUGACUGUAAAUUGAAACUGAUACUCGGCCUCAUAUGGACGCUCAUUCUGCACUACUCGAUAUCGAUGCCCAUGUGGGACGGCGAGGAUGAGAAGCAGCUGAAUGGGUCGGGUCCAACGCCCAAGCAACGUCUGCUGAAUUGGAUACACGCCAAGAUACCUGAUAUGCCAAUCAAUAACUUCACCAAUGACUGGACCACAGGCAAAGCGGUGGGCGCUCUGGUUGACGCCUGCGCGCCUGGACUUUGUCCCGACUGGGAGCUCUGGGAUCCUAAGGAUGCCGUACAGAACGCUUCCGAGGCCAUGGGCUUGGCCGAUGACUGGCUUAAUGUUCGCCAAUUGAUCAAGCCAGAAGAACUGGUCAAUCCAAACGUGGAUGAGCAGUCCAUGAUGACCUAUUUGUCGCAGUAUCCCAAUUCAAAGCUUAAGACCGGAGCACCCUUGCGUCCCAAGACGAAUCCAAACAGAGUGCGUGCAUAUGGUCCAGGUAUUGAACCAAUCGGUCCGGUGGUCGGUGCUCCCGCUAAUUUCACGGUGGAAACGUUCUCAGCUGGCAAAGGUGUCGUCGAUGUGGACAUUGAAUGUCCAAACGGGGAGAUCGAAAAAGCCGAUGUGCGCUUCAAUAAUGACAAGAAUCUUACGUACACAGUGUCCUACAUACCAAAGGCUGAGGGUCCACACAAGGUGGCUGUCAAGUAUUCAGGUCGUGACAUACCGAAGUCCCCGUUUCCAGUCAAGGUGGAGGGUCAUGCAGGUGAUGCGUCGAAGGUAAAAGUCACUGGUCCCGGCAUACAACCCUCCGGUGUGACGAUCAAAAAGCCUACAUUCUUCGACAUACUAACAAAGGAUGCUGGUCGCGGAGUGCCAGAAGUUAUUAUCAUUGAUCCGGCCAAUCACAAGACCUCUGUGGCGGCCAAGGUGCGCCAGUUGGAGAACGAUACUUGGCGCUGCGAAUAUGUCACUGCCAUGCAAGGUCUGCACUCGGUCAAUGUUUUCUACGCAGGUACGCCCAUUCCAAACAGUCCGUUUCCCGUAAAAGUCGCUCCGCUCUCUGAUGCCCGGAAAGUAAGAGCAUCCGGACGCGGUCUGCAAGCGACAGGCGUGCGAGUGGGCGAUGAUGCUGAUUUUAAGGUCCAUACAGAGGGUGCCGGCGAGGGUGUACCCGAAGUGCGCGUUAUUGGUCCAGGUGGUAUGAAUCAAAAUGUUAUGAUGACCAAAGUGGAUGGCACUACAUACGAAUGCCAUUACUACCCCACCAAAGAGGGCCGUUAUGUGGUAAUGGUAACAUUUAGUGGACAGGAAGUACCUAAAUCGCCAUUCGAGGUAAAAGUGGGGCCCAAGAAGGAAUCCUCCAUUGUAGCCUAUGGUCCUGGUCUGCAUAGCGGUGUUAUUGGUUACCCAGCUGCCUUUGUGGUCGAGACAAAUGGCGAAACUGGCGCACUCGGAUUUACCGUAGCCGGUCCCUCACAGGCUGAGAUCGAGUGCAUUGACAACCAUGAUGGCUCCGCAUUGGUCAAGUAUCAUCCAACUGCUGUGGGCGAAUACGCUGUUCACAUUUUGUGUGAUAACGAAGACAUACCAAAAUCUCCGUUUAUUGCCCAAAUACUGCCCCGCACCGAUUUCCAUCCGGAACUGGUCAAGGCCAGUGGCCCGGGUUUGGAAAAGAAUGGCGUAACAAUUAACCAACCCACCAGCUUUGAUGUGGACGUCAGCAAAGCAGGUAAUGCUCCAUUGGAUAUAGUCGUACAGGAUGUCUAUGGCAAUAAAUUGCCUGUGGAAGUCAAGAACAAUCCAGAUGGCACUAAAAAAUGCACCUAUACCCCUAACUCAGGUGUGCCACAUACCGUAGAAGUCAAUUAUGGUGGAGUAUCUACACCAAACUCACCCCAUCGCGUCUACAUAGGCGUACCUGUAGAUGCCAGCAAAGUUCAGGCUUUCGGGCCAUGGCUGCAGCCCGGCGUGCGUCCCAACGUGCCUACGCACUUUAAUGUCGACGCUCGAGAUGCUGGCGAUGCCGAGCUCAAGGUGAAAAUUAUACACGAAGAUACCAAAGUGGAAGUGCCCUGCCGGAUUAUUGACAACGACGACAGUACGUACUCGGUUGAAGUCAUUCCACCCACUAAAGGCGCUUACACAACUACUAUGACGUAUGGUGGUCAGCGUGUGCCGUUGGGGCAGAAAGUUGUUGUUGAGCAAACGGUGGAUGUGUCAAAAAUUAAGGUUGAUGGACUUGAACCCACCGCGCCCCUUAACAGCCUACAACAGUUUCGUAUCAUCACCCACGGUCUACCUAAAGCGGAUCUGGCCGUUACAAUAACUAGUCCGUCGGGAAAUCGCGUCAAGGCGCACAUAAUACCCACCGCAGAGGGGUUCCUGGUCAACUUUACACCAACACAACUCGGCGAAUAUCUGCUAAGCAUAUGCUUUGGUGGCACGCCCAUUACGCCGCGCCCCUUCCGACUUCAGUGCCUCACGGGCAGCGAUUCAAAUAAGGUACAUGCAUUCGGACCAGGUCUAGAGCGUGGUAUUGUUGGUCAACCGGCGGAGUUCAUGAUCGACACGCGUGGCGCCGGCCAGGGCGGUCUAGGCGUCACUGUUGAGGGUCCCUGUGAGGCGGCCAUCAAUUGUCGCGAUAACGGUGACGGCACCUGCAACGUCGCAUAUCUGCCCACCGAGGCCGGCGACUACAGUGUCAAUAUCACCUUUAAUGAUCGACACAUCAAUGGCUCACCAUUCCAACCACUCAUCGUGCCCGUGCCAAAUCUGAAGAAUACUCUCGUCAGUGGUAUCGGCAUACAGCCGCAUGGUGUUAUUAUGAACGCUGCCACUGAUUUUAUGGUGGACAUGAGCAAAGUGGGCAGCAACAUAGACUCUGGCAAGCUAUCGUGUGCCAUUUUCGAUCCUAAGGGCCAUGUGUUGCCAAGCAAAAUCGUGCAGGGCCCCACCGACGACAUAUUCCGCAUUAUGUACACACCCUUCGAGGCGGGUCGGCAUACCAUUGAACUGAUGUACGAUAACAUACCAGUCCCGGGCUCUCCAUUUGUUGUGAAUGUAAAGGCCGGCUGUGAUCCUGCACGCUGUCGAGCCUAUGGUCCUGGCUUAGAAAAGGGUCUGACGAAUCAGAAGAAUAAGUUCACCGUUGAAACCAAGGGGGCCGGUAAUGGCGGUCUCUCCCUCGCUAUUGAGGGUCCAUCAGAGGCGAAAAUGACUUGCACCGACAAUCGAGAUGGGAGCUGUGAUGUUGACUACCUUGCCACCGAUCCGGGCGAGUACGAUAUCACCAUAAGAUUUGCAGAUAAACACAUCCCAGGCUCUCCGUUCCGCGUACUCGUUGAGGAAACGGUCGACCCAACCAAGGUGAAAGUUUACGGCCCAGGCAUAGAGCACGGCCAGGUGCGCGAGAGCGUACCCACCUAUUUUAAUGUAGAUGUCGGCGAGGCUGGUCCCGGUCGCAUUGCAGUAAAAUUGACCAAUUCCGAGGGUAUACCCGUGGACAAUUUGCGUGUGGAGGAGAAGGGCAAUGGUAUUUAUGCGGUGCACUAUGUGCCGCCCAAGGCAGGCUCUGUGCUGACGUGCCAAGUGAAAUUUUCCGAUGUAGAAGUGCCUUGCAGUCCCUUCGUGAUGACCGUGUUUCCAAAAUCGGAGGCCACAAAGGUAAAAGUGAAGGGUGUCAAUGAGAAGAAGAAGACGCCUGCUUCACUGCCUGCUGAAUUCGAAAUUGAUACAAAACAAGCAGGAGAAGCUGCUAUCAAUGUGGACAUAAAGAAUCCGAAGGGCAAGCCCAUGAAGCCACGCUUGGAGGAGGUGGAGAACGGGACAUAUGUGGUAUCCUUUGUGCCUGACGAGUGCGGCACGUAUCAGUGCAGCAUUAAGUACGGCGACAAAGAUAUCGAGGGUUCACCCUUCAAACUUGAAGCAUUCCCCACUGGCGAAGCCAAGAAAUGUAAGUUGGUGGAGCAAGCGCCCAAGAUACUGCCCUCUGGCAGCCAGUCUCAUCUGAAGGUAGAUGCGCGUGAAGCGGGUGAUGGCGCCGUAACCUGCAAGAUCACCAACAAGUCAGGAAGUGAAAUCGUCGAUAUAGAUGUGAACGAAAAAGAUGGCGUCUUCGACAUAUUUUACGCAUUGAAUGAUCCGGGCGAAUAUGACAUCAAUGUGAAGUUUGGCGGCAAGGACAUACCAAAUGGUAGCUUCGCCAUUAAGCACCAGCGAAAGGCUGUCGAAAGCAUCGAACAAUACUCGCAUAGCGAAUACAUCGAGGAACACACAACGAAGGUAGUGCAACAAACAUCGCAGAGCGAAAAACUUGUGAACGGUAAAUCCGAAUCCAGCUUCCGAAGCGUUGCUUUUGAAAAACUGCCACUACCCACAACAGGCGGAAACGUAACAGCUGAAGUCAAGAUGCCGAGUGGUAAGGUCGACAAACCCAUUAUUCAGGACAACCGUGAUGGUACCGUCUCUGUGAAGUACGAUCCGCGCGAGGAGGGCUCACACGAACUGGUUGUGAAAUACAAUGGCGAACCUGUGCAAGGAUCUCCCUUUAAAUUCCACGUGGAUUCAAUUGCAUCCGGAUAUGUGACCGCCUAUGGUCCAGGCUUAACGCAUGGUGUCACUGGCGAGCCCGCCAACUUUACCAUCUCUACCAAGGGUGCGAAUACUGGUGGCCUAACCAUGGCCGUAGAAGGCCCCAGCAAGGCUGAUAUUAACUACCACAACAACAAAGAUGGCACUGUAUCAGUGCAAUAUCUGCCCACCGCCCCUGGUGAAUACCAAGUCUCGGUUCGUUUCGGCGACAAGCACAUCAAGGGAUCGCCGUACGUUGCUAAGAUCACCGGCGAGGGUCGCAAACGCAACCAAAUCUCCGUCGGCUCCUGUUCUGAAGUCACCAUGCCUGGGGACAUUACCGAUGAGGAUUUGCGUGCCCUCAACGCCUCCAUUCAAGCGCCCAGCGGCCUAGAGGAGCCUUGCUUCUUGAAGCGCAUGCCCACCGGCAACAUCGGCAUUUCCUUCACUCCUCGUGAAAUCGGCGAGCAUAUGGUUUCGGUGAAACGCCUGGGAAAGCACAUUAAUAACUCGCCCUUCAAGGUCACCGUGUGUGAGCGCGAGGUUGGAGAUGCUAAGAAGGUCAAGGUAUCGGGUGCUGGGCUCAAGGAGGGUCAGACACACAGCGACAAUGUUUUCUCUGUGGAUACGCGCAAUGCUGGUUUUGGAGGUCUUUCCGUAUCUAUUGAAGGUCCCAGCAAGGCAGAGAUACAGUGCACCGACAAGGAUGAUGGCACAUUAAACAUAUCCUACAAGCCCACCGAACCGGGAUAUUACAUUGUUAACCUGAAGUUUGCCGAUCAUCAUGUGGAUGGCUCGCCCUUCACCGUCAAGGUAGCCGGCGAGGGCAGCAACCGAAAGCGCGAAAAGAUCCAACGUGAGCGUGACGCCGUGCCGAUCACCGAGAUUGGCAGUCAGUGCAAACUCACCUUCAAGAUGCCUGGCAUCACUUCAUUCGAUUUGGCCGCAUGUGUCACCUCACCCAGUAACGUCACCGAAGAUGCUGAGAUCCAAGAAGUGGAGGACGGACUAUAUUCAGUGCACUUCGUGCCCAAGGAGCUGGGCGUUCACACGGUCUCGGUGCGAUAUUCCGAGAUGCACAUACCAGGCUCACCCUUCCAGUUUACCGUUGGUCCACUGCGUGACUCAGGCAGCCAUUUGGUUAAGGCCGGCGGCUCAGGUCUGGAACGCGGAGUAGUCGGAGAGGCGGCCGAGUUCAAUGUCUGGACACGCGAAGCAGGCGGUGGCUCUUUGGCCAUUUCGGUUGAAGGUCCAAGCAAGGCAGACAUCGAGUUUAAGGAUCGCAAAGACGGAAGCUGCGAUGUCGCUUAUAAGGUUACUGAACCGGGCGAGUAUCGUGUGGGUCUGAAGUUCAACGAUCGCCAUAUACCCGACUCGCCCUUCAAGGUGUACGUCUCGCCCGAUGCUGGCGAUGCACACAAGUUGGAAGUGCAGCAGUUCCCGCAGGGCAAUAUUCAAGCUGAUGCGCCCUAUCAGUUCAUGGUGCGAAAGAACGGCGCUAAGGGCGAGCUGGAUGCUAAGAUUGUUGCGCCUUCGGGCACCGAUGACGAUUGCUUCAUCCAAGUCAUCGACAGCGAGAUGUACUCUGUGCGUUUCUAUCCACGCGAGAACGGUAUCCAUGCCAUCCACGUCAAGUUCAAUGGUGUGCACAUACCAGACUCACCCUUCAGAAUCAAAGUGGGCAAGGAUGUGGCUGAUCCUGCGGCCGUCCAUGCCACUGGCAAUGGCCUCGACGAGGUCAAGACUGGACACAAGGCGGACUUCAUCAUCAAUACAUGCAAUGCCGGCGUUGGCACACUGGCCGUUUCCAUCGACGGCCCCUCUAAAGUAGCCAUGGAUUGCACGGAAGUCGAGGAAGGCUACAAGGUUCGCUACACCCCCCUGCUCCCAGGAGAACACUACAUCACGGUGAAGUACAACAACAUGCACAUUGUAGGCUCGCCCUUCCGAGUGCAUGCCUCAGGUGAAUCACUGGCCGACGAGGGUGCACAGGAGACAUCGACUGUCAUUGUGGAAACGGUACAGAAGGUGGCUAAAGGGGGCAAGAAUACUGGAGUCCAUCUGCCCACUUUCAAAUCCGAUGCCAGCAAAGUCGUCUCCAAGGGAAUGGGCCUGAAGAAGGCAUAUAUGGGCAAGCAAAAUCAGUUCUCCAUCUCCGCCACCGAAGCAGGCAACAACAUACUUUAUGUGGGCAUGUACGGACCUAAGGGACCCUGCGAAGAGUUCCAUGUAAAGCACGCUGGCCACAACAAUUACAACGUACAGUACUUGGUCCGCGACCGCGGCCAGUAUGUGCUCAUAAUUAAAUGGGGCGAGGAUCAUAUACCCGGCUCCCCAUUCCAGAUCGAUGUCUAAGCUUAAUUAUUUUGUACGCGCAGUUGUCGACUGUGGUCCUGAAUGAAAACCCGGAUAGGGCAUCUCAUUGUCAUAAUGAAUAUACUAAUGAUUAUGAUUAUGUACCGAAUGUUCCAGGUUCAAUUUUUUAUGUUUCGUGCUUAUCUUUGUUUAAUUUCCGAUUAUAAUUAUUAGGUAAGUGCUUAUUACUUUUGUUAUUUUUGUACAUAAACAUGUUUUCGAUUUAAACAGAAACAACAAGAAAUUGCGCCAUUAUUAUAUCAAUUAAAAAUUUGUUUGUUUUCUUGUCAAUAUAAUACAUUUUCUUUAGAACACAAAUCACAAGAGAGUUAACUGCAAAUUAUAAUCUCUUUAAAAUUUAUAUAGUACUUAAGCAAAAUUAUUACGUAUUGUGUUUUAAUUAUCAAUAUUGAUAUGUAAUUUACGUGAAAUUAAAUAAACAAUAUUAAACA